ACGAGCUGAUGUAGACUUCCGGUUUUUAAGCUUGGUGGCGUUUCAACGCCUCCAGACCCAAACUUGUCACAACUUCUUCUCUAACAAAACUUUGUCAUUUACCACCACUUUUCAACACAUUUAUAAUGUCCGACUUAGAUUCUGACGAGUUUGACGAGGAGCGCAAUAAACUCGGGGAAUAUGAAGGCGACCGAAACGAAGCAGGAGAAAGACAUGGAACGGGAAAGGCUAUCCUGCCAAAAGGAGACGUUUAUCAAGGACGAUAUGAACAUGGCAAACGACACGGCAAGGGAACAUAUCGCUUUGUCAAUGGGGCGAGAUAUGUAGGAGACUAUCAUCAAAACAUGAAACAUGGGCAAGGUAUCUUCUACUACCCAGAUGGAUCCAAAUAUGAAGGUUCUUGGUCCGAAGACCUGAGAAAGGGCCAUGGUGUUUACAGUUAUUCCAACGGGGACACGUAUGAGGGACAGUGGCUGAACCACAUGAGGCACGGUCAGGGCACUUACCAUUACCAUGACACUGGCUCCGUGUACACUGGAAAAUGGGAGAAUGGCAAGAUUCAGUCCCUUGGAGAGUUCAUCCAUGCCAACCACAGAUACAAAAGCAACUUUGUCGACAAUAUUCCGUUUGGCCCAGGGAAGUACGUGUUCGACAUCGGCUGUGAGCAACACGGUGAAUAUCACCAGAUAGAACAGGACAGGGCUGAAGGCGACUGGAAUGAGCAAGGCACCACUACUGUUCUCAAAUGGUUCCCUAAAUGUAUCACAGGCCUUACUCCACAGGAGACGGAGGCUUCAGCUGAGGAUCAGUCUGAGGCUCCACCUGAGGCUCCACCUGAGGCUCCAUCCGAGGCUCCACCCGUGGCUCCACCUUAGGCUUAGCUGGCAGCCUCAGAACAACCUUACCAUAUCUUUCAUGUUGGGAAUUCUUAAGGUUAAUUGGCCACUCCAAAUUGUCCAUAGGUAUGAAUGUGAGUGGGAAUGGUUGUAUGUGCCCUUGGAUAGGCUCCAGCAUUCCCGCACCCCUCGUGAGGAUAGGCGACAUAGAAAAUGGCUGGAUGGAUGGAUGGACAAACGCUCAUGACCAAACAUUGAAACACCACAAGGUCAAGAGAAGAAACAGGCCCCUUAUAAUUUUGGAUAACUUGUACC